CUUGAAGCAGGCAUCGCAUCAGCCGUCACGAAGCUCGACGAGUACACCGCCUUCCUCAGCGAUUCGCACGCAUACUGGUUCACAAUGAUCUUACACCCAGGGCACAGAAGAAGGUGGAUGGAGUUGAACCUGAAGCCGGCUCAGAUGGACAGCUUUGGAUCGACGCAUUCAAGCAGCAUUUCAAAAGCCAGUAUUUCCAUCAAGGUGCUGCGUUCGAUACCAACAAUCCAGGGCACCAGGACCGUCCCGGGCGCAACAGCUUCCUCCUCGGCUCCAACUAUUAUGACGACAUAGAGGAUCACAAUGAGGUUGACCAAUACCUCUCUGAGCGGCCCAAGCAGGUGGAUGAGCCUCUGGCGUGGUGGAAGGCCAAUAUUUCACGGUAUCCACGGCUUCUACAAUGGCAUUCGAUUAUCUCUCCAUCCCGGCGAUGUCAUCAGAGUGCGAGCGACUGUUCAGUCUCGCCAAGCACUGCGUAGGCAUCCAACGACAUUCGCUUCACGCAGACUCAAUCAACAUGCUCCAAAGCUUGAAGAAUUGGGUGGGAAAGAGAGAGGUUUGAAGCGGUGGCUUUCGUGGGCGGUGAUCUCGAUGUCCUGGGAAUGCAGGCGGGUGGAUAGAUGGGCGGGCGCGCGGGCGGUUGUAGGUUGGCAAUUGCCUAAAUGGACCAAAAACUAUAUUUGGUCAGUUCAGAAUUUUAUUGCGUUUUUGUACGAUUCAGUCAGUUCCCAGGCCAGGCCUGGCCCAGCCUGGGUGCGGGAGCGGGUGUGGGUGCGAGUGCAG